CUAUCCCACAGGACUCCGUUUCGUUCUACUGCGAACGAUCCAGGGCUCGCGUGCGUAUCUAUCCCACAGGACUCCGUUUCGUUCUGCUGCGAACGAUUCAGGGCUCGAGUGCGUAUCUAUCCCACAGGACGCCGUCUCGUUCUACUGCGAACGAUUCAGGGCUCGGGUGCGUAAUUAUCCCACAGGACGCCGUUUCGUUCUACUGCGAACGAUCCAGGGCUCGCGUUUGUUUAUCCCGGGACGUCUGUAACGACGUCGCCGACGUUUAGAAAGUCGGUUUAUAAAAGAGUAUAUCGCUCCGGUACGUACAUGUCUGUGUUUACUAGGACGCCGUUAAGUUAGACGCCGGUUAGAAACUCGCGUCGUUUUAUUUACUAGAAAGUCAUGUCAAAAACGCGCUUUGAAUUCGCGUGAUUAAAUCGGACAGUGAGUUGCAUAUCGAGAUUAUACGGUCAAAACUCUAGAGGUGCUCGAUUGUUGUUGUAAAUUUUUAUUUUACGAGUCUUUAAUUAUAAAUUUUCUUUCACUUUCAUUACAAUUUAAAGUCGUGAAACUUCCUGGGGUAUUUAGCAUAUAGUUAAUUAAUUAAAUAAAGCCUUAAUGUUAUGUUAUAGUUAACUGUGUGUUUUAUUUCUUUUCAUUUCAUCACUCCCUGGUAUCUCCACUGUAUAAAAGCUACCCGUAUUGGCGAAACGUGGACCUCUUCCACUAUAAAUAACAGAGGUGGCGCCCGAGAGAUUUAAAUUUACUACUGUACGCCAGUAAGGCUAUUUAUUUUUCACUGAACCAAAGAAAAGUAAAUUGAGACUUUUACAAAAAUGACGCCCGAGCAUAGGGACUUGAUUGUUUUGAAAAUUAAACCGUCAAAAAUACCAGGAAAACCGGGUAAAGCUAGUAAAAGCAGGAAAGCUAUUGAAACAGUGUGAGGGGAGGUGAAAAGAAAAUAACAACAGUCGAGCAUAAGUACCUCUAGAGACAGUAAAGUCUCAGUGCUUCUGAGUUUAAGACUAGUGAAAUCUAGAGCGAUAUGGAAACUGAGGAAGAUUUUUUGUCGAUCGGUGCUUCCGUCGAAGGUAACGACGCCGUACCGUCGCUGUCACAUACAGGUUUGAACCUGGCGCCGUCUGGCACGAGUGCUGAAUCUGAUUUCAGGACAGGGUGGAUUUAUUCCCUGAAGAAGUCUGAACUAGCUGCACAACUGUUGCGUUUUGGAUUGGAUAGUACCGGGACCGUUGAGGAAAUGCGAAGAAGAAUAGUGAGAUUCAUUAGAGAAGGACAGGCGGGUCCUCAGCCUGUCACACAGCCUUUUGGAUUUCCUGGAAAUAGUGCUGUGGUACCGACAGUGAGCUCUACAGCCACCCUGACUACUACAACAGUGACAGCAACCUCGAGUGGACAUAUUGCUGGACGAGUGGUGUCUUCUCCGGUGGUCUAUACUUCUACUUCGCAGCCUGCCCCUCUGCCGAUAAAUCCAGGUAUGUCCAAUAGUUUUAACACUGAUCCAAUACAAGUUUACAAAUGGGGAGUGACAUUUAAUGGUCGCUCGGACCCUGUAACGUUCUUAGAAAGACUGGAAGAGAUUUGUAUUGCACAGAAUAUACAUCCGGAUCACUUAUUGCCACAUUUGCCAGAAGUUUUGCAAGGAGAAGCUGCGCUGUGGUACCGUAAUAACCGAGUAAAUUACAGGACCUGGGAAGAAUUUACUAAAGAAUUUAAAAUUUUUUAUUAUCCAGUAAAUUAUGAGGUGGACCUGGAGGUGAAGAUAAGUCGCCGAGUGCAAAGACAUAAUGAGUCUGUCACGGCGUACAUCACUGAUCUGCAAACGCUGAUCCGCAGACAUGGCAGCAUCUCUCCGAAUCAAGAACUACAGUGGUUGUACAGAAAUUUGCUACCUGAAUUUCGUCAGUAUGUCCGGAGAGGAGACUUUCAUGAUAUUUCGUCUUUCUCUCGAAUAACCAAGGAAUUUGAACUGCUUAAUCAGGAACUGCGGCGAUCGUCCCGUACUUUUACAUCGUCCGAUGUCGAACCCCGACCGAAUAGUACGCCUCGGCGAGUCGUGCCGGAAAAUGAGCAUGCUGGAGCCAGGAGCAACCUGAUGGUUAUCCAGAGCCAAUCGCCGUCUCAGAGUAAACAGAGACAUGUGUCUGUUACUCCCCGUGUUGUAAGAUAUCCGCAUAGAGCGCCGAACUCUGCAAAACAGACUUCAGAAGCAAUCUGUUGGAGAUGUGGACAGACAGGACACUUCCGCAGACAGUGCACAUCCGAGUCCAAAAUCUUUUGUUCCCGACGCAAAAAGACAGGUGUUCUUUCGAGGAAUUGUCCAUGUGUGAGCCCAGGAAAUCUGGAAUCGAACCGCACAGAAAUAUUCCAUGAACAACAAUAUUCACCAACCGAGAUCGUUGAAGAACCAGCACAAAUCAUACGUCAAGAAAUUCGUCCUGUUGUGAAGAUUCGCUACCGGAACACCGACUAUUUGGCACUCCUGGAUACUGGAGCUGCCCAUUCCUAUAUUGGAAAGAAAUUGACAGAACAGUGCCAAACUUCCAAGGCAAUUCCUGUCAAACCCACGGUAAAAGGAGCGAGACUUGCUAAUGGUGCCACGGAAUCCAUUAGCACAGCAUUUAGGAUGAAAAUCCAAGUAGGAGAGCAGUCUCUGAAUGAGGUUUUCCACAGUCUAAAAGACUUAGUUUCGGAUAUGAUUAUUGGUAUGGAUAUUCUGGGCAAACAUGACUUCCAGAUUGAUUUACGAACCCGACAGAUCCGAUUGAAUGCUAAGUUGAUCCGAAGCUCCGCCGAAAGUUUACAAGUAAACCCGAAGAAAAGUGUUGAACAAACAACCGAGAAGUUGAGGAAAGGCCAAUGUCAAGCCUCCGUUUCUAAAGGCAGUCGCCUUCCGAUAAAAACGAGUCUACAGAGUCCUGUAGAAGAGUUCCGCAGACGUCAAACUAACAAGUUUUCUGACUCCAAAGAUGUAUUGCUUAAAAACUCUGAUCGAGUUCCAGUGGAGAAGAAUGUUUGUUGGCGAUGUAGAAACCCCGGACACCUACGUGGUGUAUGUCAAAGAAGAUUUCUUUUGUUCUGUUCCAGAUGUGGAACGCUCGGCGUGCGAUCACAGGAUUGCAAAUGUAGAUGUAUACCAUCCCGUUCAAAUCACUCCGAAUCCUGGGCUGAUGGAUGUUGGUUAAGAGGAGGAUCAACAGUCAUCUAAACAACUAGAACGACUCAUGACUCAUGAGUCACUGCCAGGAACUAUCUGCAGGCCACACUGACGCUAACCAACUCCCCCACAUUCCCAUGUGUCUGGAAGCCAGUCUAGGCGGAGACAGCAACAACUUGCCAGGGAAGAAGUGGAGAGGUGACACGCAGAAAAGCCCGAUGUCCUGGCCCGUCUGAAAACCAACGCCGGACGUCCAGCAACAGGAGUCUGUCGUCACAAUGUCCUCAGUCUACAAGUCAUCAGAUUCUAAGUUUUCAUUUCUUGUUUACUUUCUCUAAGGGGUUUUUUUUUGCUUUUCUUUAAAAAAAAAAAGAAGAAGGGAUUAAAAUUAAAAAGGGAAACAGAAAGAGGGUUG